CUCCACGUCUCCCGCACCAGCCUUUUAUUGCCAGCGCCAUCCCUAUCCCCUCCAAACCCCCGCUCACAUCCAUCCCUAUCGCCGCCGGCGCCUCAACCCACGCCGCCCUCGCUCCCUCCCCUCCCCCUCACGCUCAACGUCCGAUGGCGGCCAUGAAGGUGGUGCGGAACCUGGACCUGGAGCGGUACAUGGGCCGGUGGUACGAGAUCGCGUGCUUCCCGUCCCGGUUCCAGCCCAAGGACGGCGCCAACACGCGCGCCACCUACACGCUCGGCCCCGACGGCGCCGUCAGGGUGCUGAACGAGACCUGGACCGACGGCCGCCGGGGCCACAUCGAGGGCACCGCCUUCCGCGCCGACGACGCCGGCGACGAGGCCAAGCUCAGGGUUAGGUUCUACGUGCCCCCCUUCCUCCCCGUCUUCCCCGUCACCGGCGACUACUGGGUGCUCCACGUCGACGACGCCUACCAGGUCGCGCUCGUCGGCCAGCCCUCCCGGAACUACCUCUGGAUCUUGUGCAGGCAGCCGCAGAUGGACGAGGGCGUGUACGAGGAGCUGGUGGAGAGGGCCAAGGGGGAAGGGUACGACGUGAGCAAGCUCCGGAGGACGCCGCACCCGGAGCCGACGCCGGAGAGCCAGGACGCCCCCAAGGACGGCGGCCUGUGGUGGAUCAAAUCCCUCUUUGGAAAGUAAUAGGCGCUCCUUCUGCCAAAGCAGCAGAGAUGCAGUAGCACCAGCUGGUGUGGCUUGUACAGUUCAAUCUAGUAGUAUGUUCGUCGGUGCAGGGAAUCUGAAGAAUAUGUUUUUGCUUGUUUGUGGCGUAGGUACAUGUUCUGCAGAAUAAUCUGUUUGCCGGGUAAGGUCUGGCUGUGUUCUUACCUUAAGACUGUUGCUUGCUCGGAUUCAGAAAUCAGAAUAGCGCAUGCUUGCUCGGCUUCGGGCUGAUGCUUUGGUUUGGUGUGA